AUGAAAUACACAGCUGAAACUUAUCAUCACAGGCCAGCCAGACUGAGCUCUGAUGGGGUUCUUGGCCAGAGCUGGGCGUUUCAUGGUACUACUCCAGAUCGCUCUCUUCACCGUCUCCGCGGUGAUGAUGACCGGUUCCUUGACUGUGGCCCGCGAGAUCAGUGGUUCCGCGGCAGUGGUGCGCGACAUCAAUGGUGGUACUCUGGACCCUAACCGUCCUGUGUGUGUCAACGGACCGUGCAGACCUGGUGAACCCUACAUCCCUCGUCCUCGUCCAUGCCGCACAAUCUACGGGUGCCGUGACCAACCCCCUCUCCCUAAUAAUGGAAGCAAGGAUACAGCCUUUAUGCAUGCUUCGUACCAGUACAGGUUACUGCAGUGUACUGAAACGACUGUAGUAUCCCCUCCUAUGUGUGCUUACAUCUUUAAUACUCCGAAUAAAACAGGAAGCAUGUCCGGCCAUGAAAUUAUUGUAUGAACAUGGAAGUACAAUUCCGAAUCUACAAGAGACGGAGUAACUCAGCCUCCUCA